UCUUCAAAAAUAGCUUGGGCGACACGUUGGGAUAAUUAUUUACAUACUUUUGAUCCAAGGAUUCAUUGGUUUAGUUUGGUCAAUUCCAUCGUAAUUGUACUGUUCUUGACGGGUAUGGUGGCUAUGAUAUUACUUCGCGCAUUACACAAAGAUAUAUCUCGGUAUAACCAAAUAGAAGCACAAGAAGAUGUACAAGAAGAUUUCGGUUGGAAAUUAGUACAUGGGGAUAUAUUUCGCACUCCGGCAAAUGUUAUGUUGUUGUCUGUUUUAUUAGGAAAUGGCACUCAACUAUUUUGCAUGACAACUGUCACUCUUUCAGGAUAUGUUUCUGCACGUAUUUAUAAGAUGUUUGGCGGUGACGCUUGGAAGAAAAAUGUUUUCUUGACUGCAUUUUUAUUCCCUAC